AUGAAGAAAAUCGACGAACAGGAUAAAAGAAACGAGGCGAUUACGGAGAGGCUCGACGCGAUGGCGGCCGAGCGACUGCACCCAACUUGGAGAGCCGGAAUUCCCGACCCGAUGGAUGGAAUCCAGAGACGCUUCGAUUUCUCGACACCUGCAGAAGCCUCAGGGAGCGGCGCAAGAAACCCCUCGGCUCCUCCAAUGUCUCGUCUCCUCGACGAACAGACCCCCGCGGCGACCCGAGUCAACAUGACCGAGCCGCCCCCUCUCUGCCGAAACUCGAGGCGACGAGCCGGCGAAGAAGAAAACAAUGCGAUCGACGUAGACGCCCAGCAGAACAACGGAACCACGAAUCUGCAACAAACCGGCUCGGCUCGCCGAAUAAGUCAAGAAGAGCUCGCCUCGGCACUAAACGGCAUCCGAACUGACGAAGUCUCCAAUCCGACCCGCGGCGACAAUCCAAACGAGGAGGAAAAAAACCUCCAAUGGAUCGAGCAGGUAGAGCCAGGGAAGGUGAGAAUCCCGUUCUACGAAGGAACAACCGACCUGAAAGCACCCAUCACAGCGUUUCGGAUAGCAAUGGGACGAGCCUUCACAAAGAACGCCGCUAAACUCACCAAGCGCGAAGUAGACGCCGGAUACUGCCUGCUUUUCGUGGAGCAUCUCAAGGGAGCUGCACUCGAGUGGUUUUCAAGGCAGGAACGAAAUUCAAUAGGCUAUUUUCAACAGCUCUCCGCCUUGUUCCUUAAGCAAUACUCGAUGUUUAUGGACAGAGGAACAUCCGAUGCCGAUCUCUGGACACUAUCCCAAGGACCGAACGAACCGCUUCGGGAUUACAUGGCAAGAUUCAAGGCAGUCAUAUCCAAAAUAGAGGGGAUAAGCGACAGGGCUGCGCUCGAGGCUCUAAAACGAUCUUUGUGGUACAAAUCCGAGUUCCGACGGGAGAUGGCUCUCAACACGCCGCAAACAAUUCAAGACGCUUUGCACCGAUCAUCAGACUUCGUCGUUAACGAGGAGGAAAUGAAAAACUUGGACGAGCAGUACGAAGCAACAAAAGCAGCAAUCCGAAGCUCAAUUUUGUCGCGCCCCGCGAAGAAGGGCAACCCAUCGAGCAACGCGUCAACGCAGAGCUCGGAUGAACCUAGAAGCGGAGGCGCCCAUAACUACCGGACGCGGAAGAGGAGAGCCGCACAACAACACUUGGGUGAGAAAGUCCGUCAACUACGACAAGAAGGCUUUCUGUGA